AUGGCGCAUUUUUCGAAGUCCGGCGGUUUGGGAUGUGUUUGUAUGGUGCUCGGUUUGGUGUCGGUUCGGGUUCCGGGUCUGGGCUCGGGUACGGGUUUGGGUUCCGGUUCGGGGUUCGGGAGGUCAACUCGGCCGGACAUCAUCGCAGUGGAAGUGGUGAAUCCGCGAGGGACCAGCGGGUGCUCGGCAGAAGCCCGUAUCGCAGCAGUCUCGCGCCAUCCCGAAGAACAAACUGCCGUUGUUUUUGCUGAAGAUAAAGAUGCGCAUGUUGUUCUGAGCUGUGGCGUAACAAUCGAUGUUAUUGCGAAAAUUGGUAUUUCCACCACCACCAAAGUGCUCUUUCUCGAUGCAUCUCCCGUGAAAAUUGCUGUACAGGCUUUCAAUGCGGAAGGUGAUAUGUUCACGGAUCUUGGCGAUAUUCCAUUUGAAUGGCAUCUUGAGUCCUCGUCGUUAUCUGAAAGACCUCUUCGAAUUGUGCCUUUUUCGCAGUCGAAGUACGAAGCACCAGAAGGCGUGCGCACGCUAGAGAAGGUCAAAAAGCGAGGUUACGUGGUAUUGGUUGAAGGGGUGUCGACAGGUGCGGCCGUUCUCAGUGCGAAAUUGACCGGAUCACAUUUUAGG